CUAGCUAUAGCUAGUGAAUCAUUCAAAGCAGAUACUGUGAAAAAAGCAAUUUUAAUUUUUUCAACAAAAAGAAAUGCCAGAGCCAGUGUGAUUGACACUUAAAUGUGACAGUUGCAGACAUGACUAGAUAAGUGUCGUUGCGCGUUUUGUACACAAUGAAACGUUGCAAACGGUCUCGCAACGUUUUCCAAACAGUCUAUUUUCAAAACGAUCUAUUUGACAACGAACGUCCAUAACAAAUAUUAUUAUCCGUUCCAUAGUUCUAACGUGGUAGUAACUCUUGAGAAUAUGGGGUUAUUUGUUGAUGUCAACAAAUAUAAAAUGCCGUACGGUUUCCGGUAUAUUAGAAUAGGAGCUAUCUAUCUCUUUCUCAUAGAUGUCGUAAAAGGUGGCUAAUAUACUUACAUGACUGACAUACACUUGUAGAUCGUUGUCAAAGUUAGUUGCAACGUUUGCGUUGUAAAGUUGACAAAACGUUGUCCAAACGAUUACUGUUAAAUAACGCCCAGUCCUAACUAGGGUACCUAAAUAUAAACAAGACAACAAACAAACAAGACACCCUGUCUUAUUCAAAACAUUCUGUUUUUCAAAAUAAUUUCCUUUUUGAAUUUAUUUUUCUUUGCCAUGGAUUCUCUGUUGAAAGUUAAUGAUGGAAUCUAUUAUUACUUCUUGAUUGGUGGAUUAUUUCUCAGUUAUUUAAUUUAUCGAAUAAUUAAUUCUGUUUUUGGAGAUAAUAAUUAUAUACAAACAAAUCUACGAUUGCGAGGACAUAGUUGGAGAAGCAUUGAAUGUAAUAAAUCUUUGCCAUACAACAUAUAUUGUACUGUUUGCGGUAAGCUAAUGCUCCCGCUGGUUGGUUUAUUCUGUGAGUGCUGUGCUCUGAGCGCCUGCAAAAGAUGUCAUGGAGCAAUAGGAAAGAAAAUUAGGUGUAAACCCAUAACAUGGCCUACAGAUAAACCUUUCUAUCAUCAUUGGGUAAAUGUUGGAAUACCACGAGGUGACGACAGCAUUGAUAAUAUAGAAGACUGUAUCAAGAAGUUUUUUUGUAGCUGGUGCCAGAGAACUAAGAUCUGCCCUGAGAAUUCAUUGAAUGAAUCGGAGGUAUGUGAUUUUCAAAAGUACAAAAACAUUAUAAUUCCUCCACCUUGCGUCCAAGUGGAAAAAGGAGAGAUCAGGAGUAUUAAGCCAUUACAAGAUAAAAAUUGGGAACCUCUUAUAAUUUUUGCAAACCGGAAAUCAGGAAGUAACAGGAGUGACGAGGUGCUUUCCAUUUUCAAAGGACUUCUAAAUCCUAUACAGGUGGUAGACAUCAGUAGUACGCCCCCUGAGAGCGUACUGAAAUGGCUGCCGUCGCGGUGCCGAGUGCUGGUCGCCGGUGGGGACGGCACCGUCGCUUGGAUCCUCAACACUUUAUUAAUGACUUCACAUGUCAAAGCUGCCGUGGGCAUCCUGCCUAUGGGAACGGGUAACGACCUGUCGCGGGUGCUGGGCUGGGGCGCCACUUGCGGCUCUCACUUAGACGCGCACUCCAUUGUAACCUCCCUUAGACAUGCGCAAGAGCAGCCUCUUGACAGAUGGAAGAUCACUAUAAAGCCAAAGCGCCGCCGGUUGGGUCGGUUACGACCGGACCGGGUGCUUUAUGCCUACAAUUACGCCAGCAUCGGCGUGGACGCACAAGUAGCCCUCGAUUUCCAUCGCGCUCGCACACAGUUCCUCUAUAGAUAUGCUAGCAGAACGCUUAAUUAUAUGGCGUACGCGUUCCUCGGAGCUGGGCGCGCGCUGGACGCGGGGCGGUGUGACGCGCUGGAGCGGCGCCUGCGCGUGCGGGCGGACGGCGCGGCGCUGGCGCUGCCGCCGCUGCAGGCGCUCGUCGCGCUCAACAUCCCCUCCUGGGGCGCCGGCGUCGACCUCUGGCGUUUGGGAAAUGAAGGAGAAGUACCUGAACAGAGCUUAAAUGAUGGAAAACUUGAGGUAGUAGGAAUCUCGUCGUCAUUUCACAUAGCUCGACUACAAUGUGGCCUAGCUGAACCCUACCGCUUUACUCAGGCGUCUAAAUUAACGAUUGAUAUGGACGGUUCAUGUGCAAUGCAAGUGGACGGCGAGCCGUGGAUGCAGGGCCCCGCCGUCAUCAUCAUAGAGCACGCUGGUCAAAGCCUAAUGCUGCGUUCUAAUACGAACGAGGCAGAUUGAAAUGUCUGAAAUAAUAAAAUUAAACAUUUAGUUGGAACCACUUGCGAUACGAUACGACGCGACAUAUUAAAAAGCAUACCCCAGUAAGUACGCCAAGUUCGGAGGUCAAUGUCUACAAUUUUUUUUCAAUUUUUGAGAAAAAAUUUAAGAGUAUCAUAAAUGUCAGAAUUUUCGGUUUUGACAUACAUUUUUUUUUAAUAUUUAUGAAAGACAAGUUACGAACUAAAAGAGAACCAGAACGUCUUGAAAAAUGUUUCAAGUAGAUUUUUUGAGACUUAAACAGUGUGCUAUGAAAAAUUAAAUAAAAUUAGAUACUAAUAAAUAAAUUAGUUUGUAGUUUUUAGGGGUUAGUAACAUAAUGUGCUAGCACGCCGUCAUAGCAGGAAAAUAAAAUACAUUCCAAAGACGUGGCCGCGUCGUGUCGUAAAUGCCUUAGGUUUAAACGAGUAUCUAAAUAUGUAGGUAUGUAAUAUAUUUAAUUGUCUCAAAUGCAUGGUUGCACAGAUGUGAAUAUAGUUAUUAAAGUCCUAAGUAUUAUGCAAAUAAAAGUUUGAAUUUGAAUUUAAGUUUUAACGCAAGUUUUUUUUAUUCCUUAACGAUAUGUGAGCAGACAAAUUAAAUUCUGUCAUAGAAAUCAAUUUUAAACCUGUAGAUUAAGCGGACUGUCUCAACACACAGCCCCACAGUACAGUUACAGAAAAAAAAGCCAUCAAAUACAUCCUGUAAAAAACCCAAGUCUCGCAGCUCAGUCUUUCUUUCGUAAAAAAUUGUGAGAUCCAUGUAAUACCAAGUCGGUUAAUCUAUUUAGUCUCAUAUUUAAAAGGACCUUGUGUCUUAAGUUAUUACAUUUAUUAUUUAUUAUCAUGCCAAUAUUAAAAAUAUUUUACGUUUAAACAAAUAGAUCGACUUGGACAUUGCAUGAAAACACAAUUAGGUAAUUUUACAAUUAUAUUAGAUUCUUUAGUCUAUCGCGCCUCACGCGAUUGAAACUCUCGUCUCCAACAAGCUAUAAAUGUAUUAUCUUUUCCAGGCUUGUUUUAUCCACAACGAAAUUAUAGGGGGAAAAUAGCCUGAAUUGCUUCGAGAAAAGGAUGGUACGGCCGUGUCGCUUUUUUUGCUCGACUUGGCGGGGCACUGCCGUGCCCCCAGAUUGUGCUUA